UAUUUUUUUUUUAGGAAAUGUAUAACAUGCUAUACCUUUGAAAUCUAAGAUUGAUUAUAAUGAAGCUUCAUUUACAUAUUGAUUUGAAACGUUUGUAGUCGAUCGAUGUUAUAAUGGAUGGAGUAGGCUGAAUUGUUGUUUUUUUUAAAACUCUUUCUCUCCUAACUGACGAUACCAGCGUUGAUUCCACCAGAAUGUGUUAAAUAAUUACGGAGAGAAAGAGUUAAUAGUGCUGAAGAAAAUGGAUUCUAUUUAUGUCACAUCGAUCUCAAGUUCGGAAAUUUGAGAUAUUUUCUAAUUUUAAGUAAGAGUAUGUAUUAGGUAAGAAUUUUAUAAAGGAAUCGGUAAAUCCCCCAAAAUAUGUCAUUUUCUUUUUAUAAAUGAGUUUAGUUUGAAACAGAAAGACAUUGGCUUCACUUGCAUUUUUUCAAAUCUCUAGACGAUCCCAAGAACAAGUAGGAAGCACAAUGACCUCUGGACAAGGAGGAGCAAAGAAAUACUUGCCUGACGUUCAGUAUAUCACGGAACAGAAUGAAGAUUUGAAGACGCGAUUGGACAAUUGCCCUAAAAAAGAACAUCACAAACAUUUUAUCAGCAUGCAGACAUUUGUGGGAAACAAGUGGACAAAUAUAAAUGCACGUUAUAAAGAUUUCAACCAGCUUCCGGAGUUUUUAGAAUGCAUGUCUUCGCUGACUGGCAUGAUCAUUGUGGAAGAAGUCAAUAAAACAUCACACACAACAACUACAGGAAGUGGAUUCAUCCACAAAAUUCGCAGGGUAAAUCAGAAGGACUGCCCUUGCCACGAAUGCUCAAAGAAUGGGAAUCAGGAGAAAGGGUUCGCCAUAUUGACGGUGACCACCGUACUUCAUGUCUUUGAUAAGGAAACGAAAAAGGCUCUAGAAACUGGCAUGAUAGUCGAGAACUGGGAGCCCAAAAAUACUAAAGUGAGACUCUUUUACGACGAAGAGAAUGAGGAGAACAAAACAUUUAUUUACGGCUACAAGUUGCUGGAGACAGACAAGGAGAUAAACAUCCAGAGUGACUGGUGCUCUGUUGAAUGUGUCACUCAUGAUAUGAAAUUAGUUCAAGAACUUGAAGCCAAGUUGAACAAAUAUAUGGAGUUACAAGGAGAGAUCUAUAGAAAAUCUAAAGAACUAAGUCUAAACGAUUUGGUCAUUAUUAUAGGUCACCCUCAUGGAGGUCCCAAGAUGAUAAGCGUUGGUGAGCACACAAAUAAAAAGAUUCUCAAAGAAGUCAGGAACUACCAACAGUGGUGCAGCUACGAGUACGACAACAUCACGUGCUUCGGCAACAGCGGUUCUCCAAUUUUUAUACUGGGCCAACCCCUGUGUGGCUUUGGCUACUGGUUUGGACACCCACACAACCACUCGAAAUGUUUUACCGUUGACGAGAAGGAGGUGAAGGGAGGUUGCAGUUCUGUUGGCGUUGAGCACUUUGUGGAGACCAACUGAGUCCAUAGCCGUAACUAAAAAGUUUUCACAAUCUGCAAUAAAAGAGGAACCGAGGCAGCUGUGAAACAUUCAAACCUUGAAAACUGUGAUACUAGAUGGAGAUAACUCUAAAAUUUGAUUUUCAGAAUAGUUCAUAAUCUUCAUUUAAUUCCCUUGAGUUCAAAGUUCCUGUCAGUUUGAGCCCAAAGUGCUUCACUUCUUCCGGUCAUAAGUUUUCGGCCCAUGUGGACGCGGUGGCUGAGUGGUAAAGCGCUUGGCCUUCAAACUGGGGGUCCUGGGUUCAAACCCUGGUGAGGACUGGGAUUUUUAAUUUCGGAAUUUUAAGGUGUCUCUAAGUCUAUCCAGCUCUAAUAGUUGCCUCACAUUAGUUGGGGGAAAGGAUGACACACUUGUUAAC